UGCCCGUUUACCAGCUGGCAUUCAUUUUGUAAAAUUGCAAAUAGUCUUCGCCAUUGUUGUGAUUAUUUAGCAUGGCGUCUGUUUUAGAUCUAGUAAGGCAUUAUCAACAUAAUAUAGAGAAAUAUCCUCACGAUGAGCAGAAAGUUUUAAAGGCAAUUGAUAAAUUGUUUUCUUUGGAUGUAAAAGUGUCACAUCUACAAGAGACAGGUGUCGGUCGUACUGUAAACGCUCUUCGUAAAGAACCUGGCCAUGUGGGGAAAGCAGCAAGAGCUCUUGUUUAUAAAUGGAAGGAGAUGGUGGCAGCAGAGGAAAGUGACCAGGAAACCGAUCAUGAUACUGCACCACAUAAUGGACAUGAAAAGGUUUCUGUAUAUAAUGCAAAUCCAUCGAUGAGCCAGAAUGUCAAACAUGAAGAAAUACUUCGACCUGGAGAUAAGGAUCACAGGCAAAUUAAUGGUGAUAGCACUAGCAAGAGGAAGUACCAAAGCAGUGAGGAAGAAGAAAGUGAAUUGAAAAGGUCAAGGCACUCCAGUUCCCAUUCACACCACAGUCAAAGUAAAAGAAAACAUGUUGAAGUAAAAUCAGAUAGUGACAGUCAAUCAGACUCCCAAAAUGACGAUAGUGACUCUGAAUCAUCUGAUGAACAAUCUGAGGAAGAGACUAAAGUAAAAAUAAAAACUGAACCUGAAGAUAAACAUGAUCAAUCUCAAACAAAAUACUCUCAAAGUACUCCUAUUGAUCACAAACGAGAAUCGUCCAGUUCAAAAAAAUCACAUGUAUCGUCAUCGCAUACACAUUACAGCUCUAAACAUCACAAUUCUGAUUCUUCUAAAUAUAAUUCAGACUCUAAGCACUCUGAAAAGGCGACAAAAGACAAAUAUAGCUCUAAAGAAAAGAGUUCAAAGGAAAAAGAAAGUAGUUCUGAUAAGUCAUACAAAGAGCACAAGUCAUCUGAUGAGAAAAGAAACAAAGAAGAAUCAAAACCUAAACAUAGCUCUGAAAAGCAUAAGUCGAGCUCACAAAAGACGGAAAAUGGUUCUGAAAGACACAAAAGUCAAAAUAAAAGUGUUAAUAAGGAGAAACACAGUAGCUCUAACUCAGAGAAAGAUAAAUACAAAAAUAUGCCAGAUAAAGACAAGCACAAGAGUUCUUUGGAGAAGGAAAAAGACAAAGACAAGAGUUCGUCUGAAAAUCAAAUCUCCAGUGAUAAACAUAAGUCUAAAGAAAGUAGUUCUAAACAUAAAAGUUCUUCAAGUAAAGAGAAGUUGAAAGAUAAAAGUAGUUCUAAAGAAAAGUCUAGUAGCAGUAAUCACAAAAGUGGCAAGAAACACACUAGUGAAAAGUCAAGUAGUGAAAGUAAGAGUAAAUCUGAGCGAAAUGAAAAUUUCAACAAGAAAGAGUCAAGUCAAAAAUCUAGUUCCUCUUCAUACAAGAGUAAAUCGAGCAGUAGUAAGUCUAAGGAAGAGAUACCAAAGAAAAAAGUUAAAAUUAAUGAAGAUUCAGUAGACAGUGAUGAAGGAAUUGGCUGUGAAUCUGGUACUAGUUUUGCUGAAGCCUUGGGAAUGAUCACCCCUUCAAAAUCUAAAAAGAAAAAUCCAAUCAAAGGUGAUAAUUCGCCUGGUAAUCCAGUAAAUAAUGACUUAAGUCCUGCUAACUUAUUAGCACCUACCGCGAAGCUUGCCCCUUUGCCGGCUAUAGAGAUCUCAGGGCUACCAGAGAUCUCUCCCAACUACAAGCCCCGUCCGCCGCCCAAAUUCCUACCGCACUUCACUGACGAAGAUGCUAUAAGCGCGGGUAUAUCAACUAAAAACCAAAGAACAAAAGUCUACUCCGGCAACAAGGCCAUCGGGAAAGUGCCGACUCUUUACGAAAUGUGUGUACUGAUACUUCAAGAACACAUUGACGCUCUUGAGUACACCGGUGGAGUUCCCUACGAGAUUUUGAAGCCAGUCGUGGAUAAAGCAACGCCACAACAAUUGCAUAUGUUAGAGCAUUUUAACCCAUAUUUGAUGGAAGAUACUGACCACCUAUGGCAGAAGCACUGUGAGAAACACUUUCGUGGAAAGAAGCGCCAAGAAAUGGAGACAUGGAGAGAAAUGUUUGCAAGAUGCCAAGAGGAACAAGAGCAUAGACUCAAGUCGCUGACGGCGAACAUAAAAAUGACUCAAGAGGCAAAAAAAGCGCCGAUUAAACAAACUAAGAUGGCGUACGUUGACAGUGUUGUAAAACCACCCAGGAGCAUCGCUAGAAAACAAGCUUUGCACGGCACGGCACAUGCGUCGUCGGCCAGUCCAGCGGCGCGCGUCGCUGCGCUUGCCACGGCUCCCAAUGUCCUCAAGACUGGGUCGGUUCGACCACCUCCCGCGCCCUCUAUGUCAUCCUCAAGUGCCAAUCGGCCCAAAAAGGCUCCCCUAAUGCAAAAAGCCCUUCAAUUCAUGCGAGGUCGCAAGCGAUGAUGAUGAAUUGAAGUGAUAAAUCGGUGACAUGGUGCUACCAAACUUUCUUCGUGAAAAUGACGUGUUAUUCAUAUUGCGCUAGUAGUAAUUUUAUGAAUUCAGGGUUUGUUUAGCAUCCUGCUAUUGAUUGCACAGUUCGAUUGUUUUACUCAGGUAAGUAGGGUUUCAUUUUGCAAUGGACUGAAUGGUAAUAUUUUAAAAUUUAACUUAUGACAGUAGUUUUCCUUUGUGUCGCAAUAGAAUUUGAACAAAUGGCAAUCAGUGUUAGUGAUACAUUAUAGAUAACCCCAUUACGCGUUGGUAAUUCUUAUUUGGUCUAAUGUUACCGCAUGCAUUAAUAGUUUUUUUAUAUAUAAUUAUUUGGCAGUACUCCGGAUUCGAAAUCGAAGACCAGUGUUGGUCGUUAAUGAAAUAUAAUUAAAUUGGAGGUUCAUACAAUUAUUAUUGACGUUGUCUCAUUCACUAAAUCGCAACGUAGUCAGGUACAUAACAAUUAGUUAUUUUUUUAUUAGAGAGCUUUUAGAAAUACUGACUAAAAACCUUAGAAUCUGGCACUGACAUCUAACUAUUAUAGAUGUUUGUGUACCUUCUGUAUCAGAGGUUUGUUUUUACAGUUAUCAGUACCAAAAUGUUUAAUGGUAUUUAUAUAUUGUAAAUUCUACUUUUUGGGGACAUACACCUUCUGUUCAAUUUUGCGCCACACCGAAAAGCAUAUUCGUAUGAUGGUUACCUCUUUUGGUCCGUGGCUGGAAUAUAACCUUUAAUACUUUAUCUUAUGAUAAAUGUAAAUAUAUUUUUAUAUACUUGUAGAUAUUAGCUCAAUGACGAACCCAUAGGCAAAAUAUGUACCACAUUGUAAAUAGAAACGUUAUUUUUAUAACAUACUGUCAUUACCGAUAGCCUAUUUGUAAAUUUUGUUCCUUGUGAAACCAAAAACAAACCGAGUAAAACUAGAGGUGAAAUAGAACAAAUAAUGUGUUUCUGAAAUAUAAACAGUAGUACUAGUGGAAAUAUAUGUUAGGUAUAUAUGUAAUAUUAAUUUUAAAUGCCAUUUAUUGUUAGGUAGCAAUCGUAUUGCAUUUGUGUUCGUCGUCUAGUUGAAAUAAUAUAUGUAUAACUACUUUAUAUGUACGUCACGUAUAUAUGUCUACGCAUAGUUUAUGUUGCCGAAUCUGAAUAUAACUUAAAUUUUGCAUUCUUUCGCACAACCGCGGGUAUCCAAGAUCUUUAACAAAUGUCUUCGCUUUUUCUUGUUUUUGGCUAUAGAGCCAAAGUUAUUAAGUUUUGUUAAAUAGCCAGAAUACCAAAAGAUUGGGACGCUGUGAUAGGUAGGAAAUAAAAAACAAAGAAUGUGAUGUAGGUGUAUAAUAAUACGCCAUUAACCCUUCAAGGAAGACAAUGUUAGAUAGGUAUCAGUAUGCCUGAAACUUUUGCUAUUUCAUAAAUAAAAUCAAUGAUAUUGCAAGUUUUUGAUGAUUAUUUAAAGUUAUAGAUACAAUCAUAUUUUGUGCCUCGAUGUCACUAUAGGGACUU